ACGAAGGCCCACGCUCGCCAUGGCUCCUUCAAUGUCGCCAGAGGACUUCGAGGCGAAGCUCUCCCUUGCAGAUCAGCUUGCCCGUUACAACGCAGCCGUCGCAAACACCAAGCAGCUCACACUCACAGAAGAGAAGCGCCAGCUUUCUGUCAAGAUCUCGAUCCUGGAGACGGAAAGGAAAGACCUUACAGACCAAGUCAAGUGGAUUGGUAGCGAUGCUAAGGAAUCUGAGGCUCAAGUCGAGAGAACUUUGAAGAAAGCUAAUAAGCUCGAGGCGCAAUUGCUCGAGUUGAGGAAGGAACGCGAUGACUUGGUUGGGAUGGUAAAGGAGAAUAAGGGCAGCAUCAAAGGCUUGGAGACUCAGGUGGACGAACUCCGUCAAGGCAAUGAAGCUAUGGGCAAGCUCUCUGCGGAGAAAGACAAGAUUUCGAAGCAGGUCGACAAGUUGCAGGCUGAGAUUGACAACCUUGCGCCCAUCAAGUCCGAGCAUGCUACUCUCACCCGCGAACUCAAGAAUCUCCGUGCUCAGCUUGACUCUGCUGGGGAAUCGACUUCGCUAGCCGACCAGCUCGCUGCGGAGAAGACCGCAUUGACCCGUCAGGUCAACCGUCUACAGGCCGAGGUGGAGGGUUUGACCAAGGCCGCGGAAGAAAGCGACAAGAUCUUGGCAGAGAAACUUGCUUUGGCUAGACAAGUGAGAAGGUUGGAGGUUGAACUGCAGGAUGCUAGAGAGAACGCAAGUGUACCGGUCAGCUCCGCUGGAAAGGAUGGUAAGGAGGAGGUCCAGGCGUUGAGAGACCAGCUUAAGGAGGCCAAGAUUAAGAUCAAGGAGCUGAAGGCGGAGCUCAAGGAAGCCAGGGCACAGGUAGCGGAGGUUGAAGAGGACCAGAAUGAGCAAACUGGCGAGGCUGUGACCGCACUUGAGAAAGCCAAAGCGAAGAUUAAGGAGUUGAGGGUUGAGCUUAAGGAGGCUAAGGCUCAGGGCAAGCAAAAUGAGGAUGGUGAAGACGUUGCGGCACUCAAGGAAGAAAUUGAAGAGCUCAAGGCAAAGCUCAAGGAAGCGUCUAAGGCCAAAAAGACUUCUGGUGCUGCAGAUACCUCUGCUCUUGACAAGGAAAUCAAGGAGCUCAAGGUCAAACUUGACAAGCAGGCUAAGGAGACCGAGAAGGCUAAGGCCGACCUCAACAAGGAGCGCGAGACUUGGGCUAAGAAACAAGCUACCCUUGAAGCCCGUCUUGAUGUCGCCAAGUCUAAGGUUGCUGCCGGUGGCAAGAGCAAGAAGAAGGUCGCUGAGCCAACCGACGAACCCCUCCCGUUGUCGCCCAUCAAGGCUACGCCACAGCCGAAGGAGAAGGCGCCGAAGCUUGGACCUAAGAAUAAGCAACCUGUCUUGUCCAACUUCUCAACCACUCCGUUCUUGAAGAGGAAGGCGAGUGUGCUCGGUACUGAUGAGCAGCCGCCUACGUCCAUGUUUGUCGCUGGGCCGUCUUCGGGUCGUGCUCUGCCCACGAGUGCUCCCGCUUCUGAGGCCAGCACACCUGCCCCCGCACCCACAGCAAGCGAGAAGCCUGUCAGUGAAGCGCCGAAAUCUACUGCGGCUGCCACGAGCGAGGCUACAUCCGCCGGCGGCUCCGACAAACCCAAGAAGAAGAAGAGAAAGCUCGGUGCCUCAGGGGCGUCUAAGCCCGCCUUCGACGAGCCAUCACAGCCUCUCACACUUACGCAAGAACUCUCGCUUCCGCCCAAAGUCAGCUUCUCGACUGGUGGUAAGGGAUUGAGCGUGCCGGGUGCAGGUGCAGGCGAGGGUGCAAAGAAGGGUGCGAAGCCGUUGAGGAUUAUUAGUCCGCUUAAGCAGAGGAAUGCUACGGUUGGGAAGAUUGCGGCUGGGUUUACGAUUGGGAAGAAGUAA